AUGGAAGAGCAAGACUUGAAACAAAGGCUCUAUCAAGAUCUACAAGAAAAAUGUUAUCUUGUGGUACUUGAUGAUGUAUGGAAGAAGGAAGCGUGGGAUUGUCUUGCUUGGGCCCUUCCUGAUGUUAGUAGAUCAAGUAGAUUGUUACUUACAAGCCGCAAUACGAAUAUUCCUCUCCAUGUGGAUGGUCUUAGCAUCCCAUAUGAGCUGAAAGCUUUGGGCAAGGAAGAUAGCUGGAAAUUGUUUCUCAAAAAGGCCUUCAGUAAUGGGGCUAAUUCUGGGUGUCCUUUGGAUUUGGAAAAUGUAGGCAGAGAGAUUGCAAGGUGGUGUGCUGGUCUGCCACUGGCCAUAACGGUUUUAGGUGGCCUGCUAUUGAGCAAGAAAAAGAUGAAGAGCGAAUGGGAGAAAGUACUCAACAACAUUAGCACAUACUUAUCGAGGGGCCAGAAUGGAGGAGUAUCAACAAUUUUGGAAUAA